AUGGAGAAAUUCGGGAUUCAUCUAUUGGCGCUUUUUCAUGUCUACCAGGUCCCACAACUGAAAUCGUGUUGUAGCAAAGCUUUGAUCGAACGGUUAACAAUUGAGAACUUAGUUGAUGUUCUUCAACUUGCGAGACUCUGUAAUGCACCUGAUCUUCACCUCAAAUGUGUAAAACUCGUGUCUAAUAGCUUCAAAUCUGUUGAGAAAACUGAAGGUUGGAAGUUUCUUCAUACCAAUGAUCCUUUCCUCGAGCUCGAAAUCCUCCAGAUCAUCGAUGAAUCUGAAUCGUUGAGGAAGAGAAGCAAGAAGCGUAAGAAAGAACAGAACUUUUAUCUUCAGUUGAGUGAAGCCAUGGAUUGUUUAGAACAUAUUUGCACAGAAGGUGCAAAAGGCUGUGGCAUCUCUUCAAACUCCAUUAUUCCAUCUGCGAACUACCUGAUUCAACCUAUGAUUCAAUGGAUGAUAUUGGUGAGAUUCUAGUUCUAUUGGAAUGGAAUCACGAAUUCC